AUGCUGGCGUUCUAUAAACGUCUAUACCCAUUCAAGUCGAUUUUCGCCUGGCUUAACCAUGAACACGUCCCUCGAAACCUCUUCACGCAUCGAGAAUUCGCCUUUACACUCCAGGGAGACGUCUAUUUACGCUACAACUCGUUCGAUAAUGCAGAUGGCCUGAAGAAGCAAGUCUGUACUCUGAACCCCACGCGUUUCGAGAUCGGGCCAGUCUACAGUGCAAGGCCCAAAGACAAAAAGACCGUGCGCCCUUCAAACUUCACCCCUCAGCUCCGCGAACUCGUUUUCGACAUAGACAUGACCGACUACGACACCAUCCGAACUUGCUGCUCCGGCGCGGACAUCUGCAAGCGGUGUUGGGGGUUCAUCGCGGCAGCCGUACACGUCCUGGACGAGUCCAUCCGCGACCAAUUUGGAUACAGGCAUCUGCUGUGGGUUUAUUCCGGCCGACGUGGUAUUCAUUUGUGGAUAUCCGACAGAGAGGCGAUGGAGUUGACGGACGAGCAGCGGAGGGCGCUUGUGGGGUGUUUGACGGUGAUUCAGGGAGGGAAGGACAUGCACAAGAAGGUGAAUGUCCGUCAGAGUGCUCGAGCGGUGCUUCCCCCGUCAAUCAAGGCGACCGUUGAUCCUCUCGCCUCGAUGUUUGGCGAUCUCAUCCUCGAGGACCAAAACUGCUUCGCAUCGGAAGAGGGCUGGGAAGCUCUCCUUCAUCUCAUCCCGGACAAGUCUGUCGUGGAGACACUACGCAGACGAUGGAGUGAUGGCCCUGAGCGUUCGUCCUACGAUAAAUGGGAUGAUCUCAAGAACGAGGCUCGCAAAAUCGAGAAGGGCACUCCUCGGCGUAUUGCACUGCAAAACGCGAUGGAGGACAUCAUCCUGCAGUACACAUAUCCUCGUCUCGAUGCCGAGGUCUCAAAGCACAGGAACCAUCUGCUCAAGGCGCCCUUCUGCGUGCACCCAAAAACGGGCCGCGUCUGCGUGCCUGUGGACCCCGAGACCAUCGACAAGUUCAACCCAGAGCGGGUACCGACGGUGAGCCAGUUGCUCCGAGAGCUCGACGAGCUUGUGCCUGAAGAGGGCGCCGAGCAUCAUUCCGACUGGCAGAGGACUUCGUUGAAGCCGUAUGUCGAUAUGCUGGACGGACACGUCGCGGCGUUGAUGGAGGUGACUAGGCAGGUCAAGCGAGAAGGUCAGGGCCAGCGGCUGCCUGUGGAGGUUUGGUGA